CUGUUGUGUGAGUCGCACGCGCGUCCCGUUUGGAGGCAGCCGCCCCCCCCGCCGCUGACAGGUGCUGUCCGGAGGGCAUCGGGUGCGGUCCCUGGCGUAGCUGGACGCGUACGCCCGGGUGCGUGUAGCUUCUCGAGCCGGGAGCCAGUGAAGAGAAAGAGCCAGGGAGCGGCCUGGGGGACUCCAGUGGACUGGAGCCGCGGAACUCAGAGCUAGAAACUUUGCUGAGACCGAGAUUUGGGUACAGGGCCAGCCCACCCCCGCAGGUACCGGAGGAAGAGGCGGCGCGGGAGUCCCGAAUCCGGAGAGCCUCCGCAGCGGCGUCGCCUUUCCCCAGGGCUGACCUGAAGCCUCCCUGCACUCUCGGCUUCUGUUGCUGCGUCCGCCGCCGUCGCCGUCGCCGCCACCGCGGAGCUCCGGGAGUAGACGCAGCCCGAGAGGGCGGAGAAGGAGGAGGAGGCGGUGGAGAGAGGAGGAGCAGGGGGUGGAGGAUGGAGCCUCGAGCUUCCGCGGCGGGCUCGCCCGAGCCUGCAGCGGCGUCCUCCUCCUUCCAGGCCCGGCUCUGGAAGAACCUGCAGUUGGGAGUGGGCAAGGGCAAGGGCGGCGGGAGCGGGCGCGCGGGGGCCCCCGUGCGCCGCACUGCGGACACCCCGUCGCCCUCUCCUCCACUCCCGGGGGCCAGGCGGGACGGACUGGCAGGCUUGGGUGGCGCGGGCAGCAGGUGGAGCGGCUUCAAGAAACGGAAGCAAGUGCUGGACCGCGUCUUCUCCUCCUCCCAGCCCAACCUGUGCUGCUCGUCGCCGGAGCCUCUCGAGCCCCGUGGUGCAGGCAGAGCGGAGCAGGGGUCCACGCUGCGCCGCCGGAUCCGCGAGCAUUUGUUUCCCGCGGGAAGGGGACCGGUGGCAGCCGCUGGUGCAACGCCUCCUGGUGGACGUUCCCCGGACUCAGCUCCCUCUUUAUCCUCUGCCUCAUCCUCCCUGUCAUCCUCGCCCCAGCCGCCCCCAAGGGGAGCCCGUGCCGGAGAUGCGGGUGCGCGGCGUGAGGGCCCCGCGGCGCACUUGUGCCAUCAGAAGAGUUCCUCCUUGCCGGGCACCGCCUGCUUGGAGCAGCUGCUGGAGCCGCCGCCGUCUAGCACAGAGCCAGCACCAAAUCCAGCAGAGUCGCGGACCCUGGAGAAGGGCGAGGAGCGCAGCAGCAGUCCGAAAAUACAUACUGCUGGAACCAGUAAUGCAGAUGUCCCUUUGGCUGAUCCCGGAAUGUACCAGUUGGACAUUACAUUAAAACGGGGUCAAAGUUUAGCUGCCCGAGAUCGAGGAGGGACAAGUGAUCCGUACGUGAAGUUUAAAAUUGGAGGCAAAGAAGUUUUUAGAAGUAAAAUAAUACACAAGAACCUGAAUCCUGUGUGGGAGGAGAAAGCUUGCCUUCUUGUUGAUCACCUCAGGGAGCCAUUGUAUAUCAAGGUAUUUGACUAUGAUUUUGGACUACAGGAUGACUUUAUGGGCUCAGCCUUCCUGGAUCUCACACAGUUGGAGUUAAACAGGCCUACGGAUGUGACCUUGACACUGAAAGAUCCCCAUUAUCCUGACCAUGAUCUUGGAACUAUUUUGCUCUCAGUCAUCCUUACCCCCAAAGAAGGAGAACACAGGGAUGUGACAAUGCUAAUGAGGAAGAGUUGGAAAAGAUCAAGUAAGGAACUCUCAGAAAAUGAAGUUGGAUCUUAUUUCUCUGUGAAGUCUUUCUUUUGGAGGACACGUGGCAGGCCUGCUUUUCCCAUCCAGGGCUUCUGCAGAGCAGAACUUCAAAGUGCUCAUUACCAAAAUGCACACCUUCAGACCCAAAGUUUGCGUCUGUCAGAUGUACACAGAAAAUCCCAUCUUUGGAGAGGAAUAGUCAGCAUCACAUUGAUUGAGGGACGAGACCUCAAGGCGAUGGAUUCAAAUGGGUUGAGUGACCCCUAUGUGAAGUUCCGGCUUGGGCAUCAGAAGUACAAAAGCAAGAUUAUGCCCAAAACGUUGAAUCCUCAGUGGAGGGAACAGUUUGAUUUUCAUCUCUAUGAAGAAAGAGGUGGAAUCAUUGAUAUCACUGCGUGGGACAAAGAUGCUGGGAAAAGGGAUGAUUUUAUUGGCAGGUGCCAGAUUGACCUGUCGGCUCUCAGUAGGGAACAGACACACAAGUUGGAGUUGCAGCUGGAGGAAGGGGAGGGUCACCUGGUGCUGCUGGUCACCCUGACAGCUUCGGCCACCGUCAGCAUCUCGGACCUUUCCAUCAACUCUCUGGAGGACCAGAAAGAACGUGAGGAAAUCCUAAGGAGAUAUAGCCCACUGCGGAUAUUUCAUAACUUGAAAGAUGUGGGAUUCCUCCAGGUGAAAGUAAUAAGAGCGGAAGGGUUAAUGGCCGCUGACGUCACAGGUAAAAGUGACCCAUUUUGUGUGGUUGAACUGAACAAUGAUAGGCUGCUAACACAUACGGUCUACAAAAAUCUCAAUCCUGAGUGGAACAAAGUCUUUUCAUUCAACAUUAAAGAUAUCCAUUCAGUUCUUGAAGUGACAGUUUAUGAUGAAGAUCGGGAUCGAAGUGCUGACUUUCUGGGCAAAGUUGCUAUACCACUGCUGUCUAUUCAAAAUGGUGAACAGAAAGCCUACGUCUUGAAAAACAAGCAGCUGACAGGGCCAACAAAGGGGGUCAUCUAUCUUGAAAUAGAUGUGAUUUUUAAUGCUGUGAAAGCCAGCUUACGAACAUUAAUACCCAAAGAACAGAAGUACAUUGAAGAGGAAAACAGACUCUCUAAACAGCUACUCCUAAGAAACUUUAUCAGAAUGAAGCGUUGUGUCAUGGUGCUCGUAAAUGCUGCAUACUACGUUAAUAGUUGCUUUGACUGGGCUUCACCCCCAAGGAGCCUCGCUGCUUUUGUGCUUUUUCUCUUUGUUGUCUGGAACUUUGAGCUCUACAUGAUACCACUGGUUUUGUUGUUACUGUUGACAUGGAACUACUUCUUGAUAAUAUCAGGGAAAGAUAACAGGCAACGUGAUACAGUAGUGGAGGACAUGCUAGAGGACGAGGAAGAAGAAGAUGACAAAGAUGACAAGGACAGUGAAAAAAAGGGAUUUAUAAAUAAAAUCUAUGCCAUCCAGGAGGUAUGUAUCAGUGUCCAGAACAUCCUAGAUGAAGUGGCUUCCUUUGGCGAAAGGAUAAAGAAUACUUUCAACUGGACUGUCCCAUUCUUAAGCUGGCUGGCCAUUGUAGCCCUCUGUGCAUUCACAGUCAUCCUGUACUUCAUUCCACUGAGAUACAUUGUCCUUGUCUGGGGUAUCAAUAAAUUUACAAAAAAGCUUCGGAGUCCAUAUGCAAUUGAUAACAAUGAACUACUUGACUUCCUUUCCAGAGUCCCUUCAGAUGUGCAAGUGGUGCAAUACCAAGAACUGAAACCAGAUCCCUCUCAUAGCCCAUGUAAAAGGAAGAAAAACAAUCUUGGCUAGCCAGCUCCCAGCACUGAGCAUCUGUUUGGGAAGAUAAAAGAAAAAGCCUUCAGCCUCAGCAGCAUUUCCUUUCUUUCUGUUUUGUUUUGUUUUAAAUUUGUCUUUUUAUCAUGAUUGCGAGAAUCUGUAAAUAGUGUACAAAGGUAUAUGUCUUUGAAAAUAUACUUCCACUGUACAGAACCAAUUUGAUAAAGGUUUAGCUCUAGCUAUGUGAAAGCCUUGUUAGCUGUGGAUAAUAAUAUAACACAUUGGAACAACAAAUGUAAGAUUGGUAAAGUUGGGAGAUACAUACUUCUCUAAUUACAAAUGGAAGAACUAGAAUCUUAGAUUAAAUGCUCAGCUGUGCUCUGAUUAAAUCUACAUAAAAUGUAAAUGUCAAUUUGAUUUAAAAUUUUUUUAUGUGACUACUUUUCUUUCUGAAAAAUAAUCCAUUACAGUUUUGUAUGUUUUAUACAUUUCAGUAGGGAGGGUGGAUCUCAGAACCUGAAUAAUGGAACAGAGAUGCAUUUCAACUUAACAUAGAUUCAUUCAGAUCUGUCAUUAAUUCCUGUGCACAUUAUUUAGAUAUGACUAGGCUGAUUUUAAGCUAAUGAGUGAAGGUAUAUUCACCUCCUUAAGAGAAUCUUCCACACACUGAAGUUCCACAAAGACAAUUUCCAAACCUUCUAUCAUUCUAUCUAAAACCUUAAAAUCUCUACUGGACUACACAAAAAUACUGCCAGGUUUAUAAAUGGUUGCCUAUACGAAUUUUUAUACCUACCACUAUUAAUUUGUACUGAGUUAGCAAUUAGCAACCCUAUACCGUUGUCAAAAAUACUAGCAGAUUAAAUCUACAUUGCUUUUGGUGUCAGAUUAUGCCUCUGUGCAUCUAAAAAUAUUUAACACUCAUGUGUUCUCACAGAAAAAAAAUGUACCUUUCUCAUUAGAAUACUAAAAUGCUUUAGUGCAUAUUAUGAUUUCUGUUAUUAGCGUGAAUUUUGAUGUAGAGGAGAAUGCAAUGUGCUAAGUAAUAUGCCAGUGUUUUGUUACAUUCAUUUAUAGAAAAAAUCAUCCUUGAAAAUAUGAAUGCAUGAAAACCUAUUUUGUAAAAUAAACUGCUCAUGGGGAAGGGGGGUUUGCCUUUAAUAAUGUUUCACUACUUACCAUAGAAUCUCUACUUAAAAAUUGCAUUCCCAAGACUCUUAUGUAGUUUUUGUACCUGACUUCCUGGUAUAUCAAGGGAGAUAUACCUCUAGAGAGAGAAAUAAUUUGGUGAGCAUGUCUUACUUCCCUGACUCAGUAGGGCAUUAAGCUUGGUUGAAAUUGCUGCAGACAAUGUUUUGCAUUACUUUAUUAAUAGACUGGGAUAGGGUUAAGGGGUUGUGCUGGAAAAAUGUAAAAAAGCCAGAAGUGAGAAAUAUGUAUUUCACUCUAAAGGAAAAUUCUUUAAAAAUAAAUUUAAUCUCAUCAAAGUUGA